UAGCUUUUUGUUGUUGCACAGGGCAAAACAGGAAAUGCUCCAACAAGUGAGGAACUAUUACUAGCUUUACAAAAUCAUGACCUAUACUUGUAUUUUGGUCAUGGAAGUGAUUUCGUUGGAAAACUCAGUAGCUGUGCUGCUGCUUUGCUCACAGGUUGUAGCAAUGGAUCUCUUAGACAGAGAGGUUGCUAUGUUCCUCAAGGUGCUUCCCUUCACUACUUAUUUGCAGGCUCACUUGCCAUUAUUGCAAAUUUAUGGGAGGUAUCUGAUAAAGAUAUCGACCAUUUCGCGAAGGCUAUACUCAACUCAUGAACUUAGGACUCCAUCCUUCAUAACUGCAACAAAUGUAUUGGUUUGGCAGAAACUUCAAAUGCUGGAAAAUCAAAGUUCCUAUACGGAAGAAAAGUUUCGAAAUCUGCAGAGAUUGUUGAGGAGAAUUGCAAGUUUUGUGAAGCCAAAUUGAGAGUUGCUUCAUUUAUUAUUGAGGUGAGGGGAGCUUGUAAACUUCCUACUAUGAUAGGGGCAUCAGUUGUUUGCUAUGGUGUGCCUACAAUUUUAAAUAGGAAACAAUGAAUUUAUA